AUGUCAGCGAUAUAUAAGCUCUCGAUUCAGGGUAUUCGUUCAUUCGAUUCCAACGAGCGAGAAACAAUUGAAUUUGGGAAACCUCUGACGUUGAUUGUGGGGACCAAUGGAUCCGGUAAAACUACAAUCAUAGAAUGUUUGAAAUACGCGACAACCGGAGAUCUGCCUCCUAAUAGUAAAGGUGGGGCCUUCGUGCACGAUCCCAAAAUCACUGGCGAAAAAGAUGUUCGAGCUCAAGUGAAACUGGCUUUUACAAGCGCAAACGACGUCAACAUGAUUGUUACUCGUAACAUUCAAUUACUCGUGAAAAAGACUACCAACACGUUUAAAACACUCGAGGGCCAACUAGUAGCUCUAAAUCGCGGAGAGCGUACCACGUUGAGCAGCAGGGCUGCAGAACUCGACACUCAAGUUCCGUUGUAUAUGGGUGUCCCCACUGCAAUUCUCGAUUAUGUUGUGUUUUGCCACCAGGAGGACAGUCUGUGGCCUCUGAGCGAGCCCGCGAACCUGAAAAAAAGAUUUGACGAGAUUUUCCAAGCUAUGAAAUUCACAAAAGCUCUUGAUAGUCUUAAAACUAUCAAGAAAGACAUGUCUGUGGAUAUAAAGCUGCUGCGGCAGUCUGUAGAGCAUCUAAAGGUGGACCGUGAUCGUAGUCGGUCCACUAAGAUCAACAUUUCAACCUUGGAACAAAAAAUCGAACAAUACCAAGCUCAGGCUCGCAAAGCAGAGCAGGACCUAGAUCAAAUUACAGAGCAAUCUGACAGGCUUUUUAAAUCCAAUCAGGAAUUCCAGCAGGUUUUGAGUAGGAUGGAAGGUCUGCGACACAGCAAACGAUCGAUUCAAGAACAAAUUACCCGCCUGGAAAGCACUAGCGAGCCAUUGAACAUGUCUCUAGCGGAUCUUAACACCUUGAUUGCAAAUUUCUCUACCGCGCUGGAGGAAAAAAGGCAACAUAUUGCAAUCCUGGAGACAAAGAUUCAGUCUUGCCGACGCUCACUAGAACAAGCUCGCGAAACUCAAAGCGCACUGACUUCCAAACAAGGUGGCUUGAAGGCUCGAAAAGUAAACUAUCAAAAUUGUCAAAAUCAGCUAGUAUCUGUGACUCAGGAGUUGCGCGACAAAAAUAUCAUCAAGGGUGAAGACCCCUCUGCAGAGCUCAUCGCACAGUCAGAAAGCUCUGAACAAGAAGUGGCAAGAAUAUGUGCUCAAAACGAGGCAGAAAAGAAAGCAAUGGGAAAAGAAAUCUCUGAACUCGAAAAUACCCAGGCGAAGGAAGAGCAGCAUUUAGUAUAUUGUCAAAAUGAUAAAGAAAAGGUUCUUGCGGAAUUGGACUCACUCAAAUCCAAGUUCGAGAAAAUGUCUUCUCUUGAAGGCGACUUGAAGAGGGAAAAGGAAAAUGUCGCACUUUAUGAGUCUCGACUGAAAGACAAGGGUGGUGAGAACGAAAUAAACGAACUUGCUUCUAGUAUAAAGGAAAAACAAGCGCAAAUUCUGAUGUUAGAAGACGAUCUUGCAAGAAAUCAACGAGAACUUCUCAAGGUCAACGAACAAGCAGAUUUGAACGCUCGGUACUCUCUGCUCAAGAAAACCCACUUGCAGAAGGAAAAGGAACUCGCAAAUGUGAUUCUAGAUCUGUCAAACAACCCCGAAGCCCAAAAAUGGAAGCUCGACCCUAAUUCGGACCUAGACCUUACAUUCAGGAGAAGAUAUGUUGACGUGCAAAAGCGAUUGGCGGUUGCAAAAAGAGAUCAUGACGAUGUUGUCAAAAUUUUGGCUCAUAAGAAAUUUGUCCGCGCAUCUUGUGAACGAGAACUGAAAGAAGCUAAAAACAAAAUUGAUGAGCUGAAUGAAAAGAUCAAAGGAGGUCUUCCAGAAGAUUGUGUUGUUGGUGAUUAUGCUGAACUUCUACGAGAUGCAGAAGAGUCAUAUAGAGUUGCUGUCGAGAAUCUAAAAAUGCACAGAACAACGCUAGAAUUCAAUUUAAAAGCGCUGGAGGUUGCAAGAAACAACAACUCUUGUUAUCUUUGUCAAAGAGAAUUUAACAGUAAACAUGAAUUGAGCGCAUUAAUGACCGAGCUAGAGACCAGAACAAACACUGAGUACGAGGACACUCUUAAGACAGUAAUGUCUGAGGAGAAGGAGUAUCUUGACUCCUUGAGAGCACUUGAUGCGGACUUUUCUUUAAUUAAGGCAUCUUCCCAAACCGAGACUGCGCUAGAGUCGCAGCUGAAAGAAGUUCUUUCUGGAAUGGUAAAUGAUGAAACAGCUGUGACCAAAAGCGAAAACGCACUCAAAGAUGUCAAUGCUGAGUUGGAAGCUGUGGAAACGACAUUACGUCCCCUCGUCGAGAAUAUUUUGAGAACGCAAAAUGAAGUCAAGUCAGCCAAUGGUGAACUUCAGGAUGUUUCGAACGAAUUGAGCCUGCAAAAUGGCCCUGGGGGCAAUGUGGCAACGGUUGAGGACCUGCAAAACAAGCAUAAACACGUUCAAGAUUUACUCAGAGAGUUAAGAAGGGCUGUUGGGGAUCAACAGGAAGAGAAAGAAUCAAAGACACGAGAAUUAAACAACUUGCUCAACUUGAUAAAGGAAAAGAAGUUCAAAAUCAAUGAUCUUGAAAGACAGUUAGGUGAUAGGGAAAAUGUGGCGUUCUCUAUAAAAGAGCAUGAGAGAUCUAGUACUCAGGUAGAGAGUAUUAUAAAUUCAGUAAACUCUUCUCUUGAGAAGUUCUCAGCCAAGCUCAUGACUUUGAAGUCUCGGAUGGAUUUAAAGGAGAAUGAGGCUUUACAACAAGAAUCAGAGGAAAAACGAAAGUUAGCCUUCUUGAAAAAUAAACGAGAUUCCUUUCUAAAGUUGAAUGCAGAAAUUGAGGAGUAUGAGCAAACUUACGCUUCACAACUAUCCAAUUCAGAGAUACAAUUGAAAGCAGCCGGUGAAAACAUCCAGACUUUAUCUAAUGAAAUUGAAUCUCUUAACAGUCAAAUGACGGCCGAAAAUCGUAAAAUUCACGAUUCAUCGAAUGAACAGAAAAACAUCAAGAUGAAUAUCGAUUUGAUAGAACUUAAAUCAGAUCUCGAUACCACCAACCGUGAACUUGCCGAUCUCGAUGUACAAAACGCAGAAGCAAAGCGAGAUCAAUAUCAGCACGAGUCUUCGCGGCUCAGAAGCUUAUUUGAAAAGCUAUCUGCAGAUAAUGCAGGGAGAAUGGGAGAAAUUAGACAGCUUCAAAAUCAAAUACAGUCGUUGGUGGCACAACUCAACAACGACUACCGUGAUGUUGACAAUACUUAUCAAAAAGAGUGGGUAAAGCUUCAAACCAAAUCGUUAGUUACUGACGACAUUGAUGUUUAUUCUAAAGCCCUCGAUAGCGCAAUCAUGAAGUACCACUCGCUGAAGAUGCAGGACAUUAACAGGAUUAUUGAUGAACUCUGGAAAAGGACAUACAGCGGAACAGACGUGGACACGAUAAGAAUUAAGUCAGAUGAGGUAACGACUUCCGCGAAGGGUAAGUCGUAUAACUACCGUGUUGUGAUGUACAAACAAGAUGCUGAGCUAGACAUGCGAGGGAGGUGUUCGGCAGGACAAAAGGUUCUGGCCUCAAUCAUAAUAAGACUGGCCUUGUCAGAGACCUUCGGAGUCAAUUGUGGUGUCAUUGCUCUUGAUGAGCCCACCACAAACCUGGAUGAAGAGAAUAUAGAAAGUUUGGCAAAGUCUUUGAGCAACAUCAUUGAAUUUCGCCGGCAUCAGAAGAAUUUUCAGCUCAUAGUUAUCACACAUGAUGAAAAGUUCUUGAGGUACAUGGGUGCGGCAGAUUUCACGGACCACUUUUACAAAGUGAAGCGCGAUGAUCGCCAGAAGUCUCAAAUUGAGUGUGUGGACAUUAACAGAGUCACCACUUGA